GGAGACCAAAGAAGACGCACAGAGACGGCGGGUACUCCUGAUGUUUCUUUUUCUUUUAUGCAUCAUCUAUUAGAACUGGAGGCUGCUACUUCGAGUCAGUAAAGUCGAUCUUCUGUAACUUGGGUUUGAGGGAAGAAAGAAGGAUAUUGGAUUGUGAUCAGUGGAAAGAAUUUGGUUGCUGCUGACAUAGUGAUGGAUUUCAAUAAUGACAAGGAGCCGUGGGGUUGGCAUGAGGAGGUCAGUGGUUUCCAGAAGACAUCCAAUUUUGGCAUAUCUCAGGAGCUUUGGAAUGAAGUGCCUCAAACUGAACACCAAAGUUCCCACGUGUUCGAUGAUGAAACAACCCCAGUUAAGGCGUGUGGGGAUUUGGCUUACCAUGUUAAUAACAGUGAUAAUAUGCUAAAGGAGCCUGAGGAAUGUAGGGAGACUUCUCUUCUCAAGAGACGUAGGAUGCUGCAGUUCCACAGCAAUGACGUGCAAGCUUCUCUUUCCAAUGAAGAGAUGUCCUCAGCAUAUUUGAAACUAAAUGGGAAGGAGGACUUAGUCGAUGAUGCUUUUCCAGACAUGUUGCAAUGGGUGCCUGGAACAUCAGGGAGUGCUUCUGCCUCCAGUUAUGAGGACCUUGAGCUGCCAGCUGAAGGGUGGCUUGCUGACUGCUUUAAUGAUGCUGAUAUGGAAAUCAGCCCUGAAUAUAUGAAUUUUUCAGGGGCUGGUAAUGUUCAGAUUGAUGUUGCAGAGCUCCACGACAUCCAACCAGCACAUGAACAGCAUGUGGUUCAGCAGCAUGUCACUCGAUCACACAGAAACAUUAUCUUCAAAGGAAGGAAAUCUAUGAUGCAGAUGCCUCCAAAGUUGGCAACUUCUGUGGCCUAUCCAUUUGCCUUCAUCAAACCCAGUGGUGCCCAAGGAGACGUCACUCUAAAGGAAAUAAAUCAGCGGAUUCAGACUCCACCAUCUUCGAAAUCUGAGCCAAAAAUUGAAGAUCCAUCUUCUUACCCUAAGUCAGCAUUUUCUGGGAAACCCGUUGUAGGCAAAACGAAAAUCCGCACCGAAGGAGGAAAAGGUAGCAUCACAAUUAUGAGAACUAAAGGCUGAGUUUAACUUGUUGAGCAGCACUAGCAUUUGUGUCUCAUUCCCUUUGUGGGGUUGAGUUCAUUUUCUGUAACAUAUACCAGACAAGUUGUACAACAUGAUGUUGCAAUUUUUGUUGUUAUUAGCUAUUACAUCUAUAAAUUAACCGCCUUUGUGUUUGUUUCCUGGUAGGAUGUAGACGUUUCAUAGAUGUUUUUUGUUACCUUAGUGCUUGGACCAAGUCUGCAAUGAGAUUCUUGAUCUUUCUGACGUUU